AUGCAUGUUCCAUCUGUAGUAUUCUCCACCCUCAUAGUCUCCAUUGCUUCGGCAUUCCCCACCAAAAUCUCAAAUCGUGAGCGGCUAUUUCCUCGUCUUCUCUUGCGAAAACUAGAUACGAAUGCCGAUGAGGACAGUCUGCGAUUCCAGCCAGCCCUCGACUUUGACAGGGACAGUUGCUACCAUACCGCAGCUUUCGAUAGGGAUGGGACAGUAAACAAAGGCUUCUCCGAAUGGGGUGGCCUCCUCGCAAAGGACUGCGGCGAGAAAUCCCGGCUUGGCAAUGCAAACGUCUACACAAGGAAGCGCUGCAACAACGGUUGA